UCGCCACACACUGACUGGCAACUAGUUGAGAAGGACGUAAUGCUUCUGAAGCUAAUUGUCCUUUGCUUAGUGCAUUAUGCUCCUGCUAUGAUAAGGACGGGAUCUGGAGUUAAAUGGAAAGAAUUUGACAAUGUUCUUGUGUCAACAAGCGUCACGUCUGAAAUUUCAAAUAUUUACAGUGGUAAACUAUGUUUACUUCUGUGUCUCCACAAUGAAGCUUGUGUGUCUGUGUUUUACAUACAGAAACACCGACGGUGUCAGUUCCAUGACGUGUUGUUCAUGUCACCCGGGGACGGAGACCAAGAGGAAGGCACCGAGUACUACAGCUUAACGACAGGUGCUUGUCCAUCUGGCUACGUCCAUAACCGCCGCCUCAACUUCUGCUACAAGCUUCAUCACGACAAGCUCCCGUACGACGAUGGUCUUGCUGACUGUACGUCCAGAGGAGAACACUUUGUUGUUAUUGACAGUUCGGACAAACAGAGCCAUGUGGUCAAGCAGAUCACAUCGUCAUCAGCAACUAUGACCAGUAGCUACUAUUUCGAUGGUUCAGAUGCGGCAAAUGAAGGACAAUGGGUUUUCCAUGAUGGCCGGCCCAUGACUUAUUUUGCCUGGAGUCCAGGCCACCCGGCUAAUGCAACGGCUCGGCAUGAUUACAUCGUAGCCAGCAAAGUUAGCAAUGCAUUUACGUGGCAAGACAGGCGGAGGGGAGAAGCAAAGUACUACAUCUGCCAAAAAGACCUUUGAAAUCAUUGAAUGCGAUGUGAAAAUACUUACAGUCUGCUGAACCGGAACCACAAGAGAUCAUCUCGGCAUUUAUUGGACAGAUACAUAUUGGAACGACCUCUGUACACGUUGGGCGUUCCACGUUUUUGGCGUUAACGUUUUAUGUCACACGAAGAAGCAAAUAAACCUUUACAUACAUGUACGUCAAAAAGACCUUUUUCGGUACUGCCAAGGGUGUUAUGUAUGUGUGUACACUAUGUAGUGGAAUAAACUAUGGUGAUCUGAGUUCAGAAUGUGAACAGUAUUGCCUGUGGAACGGUGCGCUUUAUAGUGAAGCCUAUGACAUUUUGACUGGACUAUUGAAUACGCAAACAAGCAAUCUUGAGUUUGUCAAGCAUACUUGUUGCCCACCAUCAACAACGGUGGAAUUGUUUCAGAAUCACUCAUCUUGUCCUGGUCACGAAA